GAAAAUAUGGUCUCCAGGAUUGUGUUAGUUAUCAUAGCCUCUGUCUUCAUUGUAUGCGAAUUCGUGCAUGGAGGUAAUUCAGGAGGUGUUGCGGAUGACUACUCCGUUGAGGGAUAUCGUAAACUCCUGGGGUUAUUAAAUGCUUGUCUUCAAAUAACUAAACAACGGCAAAAAAAUGUGGACUACUUCGUGAAACAAUAUGGUAAGCUGUUUCUUUCUGCACAAAAUUGGUAAAUUUCAUUCAUUUAAGCCUUUACGAUUGUAUUCAGUGGAAUUCAUUUAAUUUUUAUUCUGGUUAGUUGACCUUAUGAUCCUUAUGAAUAACAAAAAUAUAUAAGUGGUAUAAAAGUUUCUCCGAAAAUGACAAGUCGUCCAUAAGCUUCCUUAGAUCACUUUUAAGUUGAUCUGUGGAAGUUAUCUUAAUUUAAUUAUCACAAUGUCCAUGUGUGUCAGUGGCUCAGCGUUAGAAUGCAUGUCAACCAUUCACGUGGUCUAGGGUUCGAUUCUCGGUCGGCCCACACAUUUAUCUCGCCUAGUCGAGAAAGAGAAAAUGUUGGGUGUGAGGCUAGCAACCCCAUCCUAUAAACAAAAAACACCACUGCUAAUAAGACUUCAAGCCCAAGCCUGAAUCCCUAUAUCCCAGUCGAAACUCGAAGGAGGAAAAAGAACAGUGUUCAAGUUUCAUUCUGAUAUCAGUUUUCUUAAUUUAAAUGUAAGCUGAGUGCAUGUUUACUCUUAAACAGUAAGCCAUCGAAUUUCUAAGUAUUUGAAAUGCAUAGAUGAAGAUUGGAAGAACUCAUUGCUUUUUCCAAAAGAAAAUUGUUAACAGUAAUCUUAAGCAAUCAAAAUUUCUAAUUUGUGUUAUCAUGAAUAUGGCUUGUCAUUCAAUGAGCAUCAUUACGUGCUCGUUCACUGGCUUUACAGUCCCAUUUAUUAUUGAAUUUAUUCACACUUUAUAAUAAAUACUGGUCUUCAUCUAUGCAGAUUGUUGUUUCUUGAUUUCGGAGUUGGUUUUUCAACUCUAAAGAUAUUGGAUGACUUGUGUGUAUAACCUUUAAACGGCGUAGAAUUAGUCGUAACAUCUGAUUUAAAUUUCGACACCUAUUUUUUUUUACUGAAAACAAUAAUUAAAACAAUUAGUCUCUCUGAUAAAUUUGAAUAACUCAUGGAAAAUUCCCAUUGUAACAUUUAGAAAAUCAAAACAAGUGAUUCAGCGAAGAGACUCUUUUCAACGAAUUUAUCAUCAAGCUGUACAGUCG